CCUCCCACCAUAGAGCUCAGCUUGGCUCCUCUAUGAUGAGACGCUUGAGUCUUUUCCAACCAACUUAAAACAAGAGAAAACAACAGAGUGCUCCUAACAUCAUGGCCUACACGGCUGCGGGUGGGACGAAGAAGAAGGUCUGCUACUUCUAUGACGGUGACGUUGGAAAUUAUUACUAUGGACAGGGGCAUCCCAUGAAACCACAUCGGAUCCGGAUGACUCACAACCUGCUCUUAAACUAUGGACUGUACAAGAAAAUGGAAAUAUAUAGACCAAACAAAGCCACAGGAGACGACAUGACAAAGUACCACAGUGAUGACUACAUCAAGUUCCUGCGUUCCAUACGGCCUGACAACAUGUGUGAGUUCAGCAAGCAGAUGAAGCGCUUCAACGUCGGAGAGGACUGUCCUGUGUUUGAUGGGUUGUUUGAGUUCUGCCAACUCUCUGCCGGAGGCUCUGCAGCUGGCUCAGUGAAGCUGAACCGACAACAGACCGACAUCGUGGUGAACUGGGCUGGAGGACUUCACCACGCAAAGAAAUCUGAAGCGUCCGGAUUCUGUUACGUCAAUGACAUCGUGCUGGCCAUUCUGGAGCUGCUCAAGAACCACCAGAGGGUGCUGUACGUUGAUAUAGACAUCCACCAUGGGGAUGGAGUGGAGGAGGCCUUCUACACCACAGACAGGGUCAUGACUGUGUCUUUCCAUAAAUAUGGGGAGUACUUCCCUGGAACUGGAGACCUUAGGGAUAUUGGAGCUGGAAAAGGCAAAUACUACGCCGUCAACUUCCCUCUGCGGGACGGUAUUGAUGAUGAGUCGUAUGAGCAACUCUUCAAGCCUGUGAUGGCAAAGGUGAUGGAGAUGUACCAGCCCAGUGCUGUGGUGCUUCAGUGUGGUGCUGACUCUCUCUCAGGAGACCGCCUUGGCUGCUUUAACCUCACUAUUCGGGGACACGCCCGGUGUGUGGAGUACAUAAAGUCCUUCAACCUGCCACUGCUCAUGCUCGGUGGGGGAGGAUAUACGAUCCGUAAUGUGGCCCGCUGCUGGACCUAUGAAACAGCUGUGGCUCUGGACACGGAAAUCCCUGACGAAUUGCCCUACAAUGACUACUUUGAAUAUUUUAGCCCUAACUUCAAGCUGCACAUCAGCCCCUCCAACAUGACCAACCAGAACACACGGGAGUACACGGACAAGAUCAAACAGCGGCUGUUUGAGAACCUGCGGAUGCUUCCACAUGCCCCCGGUGUUCAGAUGCUGGCCAUCCCAGAGGACGCUGUCCCAGACGACACCGUGGACGAGGACAUGGACGACCCUGACAAACGCUUGUCCAUCCGUGCCACAGAUAAGAGGAUAGCCUGUGAUGAGGAGUUCUCCGACUCCGAGGACGAGGGCGAAGGUGGCAGGAGGAACGUGUCCAGUCCCAAGAAGGGAAUGAAAAGACCCAGAGUCGAUGACGAGAGGAAGGAAACAGAAGAGAAGAAAUCUGAGAUAAAAGAGGAAGAGAAAACCUGACUCUGAAAGUGUGAAGACGGAGGAGAUGAGCAGCGUCUAAAUUUGCUCUUCCACCAUGAAUUGCUUCAUCCGUCCUCCAGGAUCUUACCCUGCCGUUCAUCACCAUCAGAAGCAUUCUAUUUAUUAUGACUUUGUAAAUCUCCAGUGGAUGUCCUCAGUCCACCACCUGAAUGUGACACACCUCGUCCAUGAACACUCAAAUGUGCUUAAUCUUCUGAAGGAAGCUCUUGUUGUUUUUAAAGAAGCUGUGGGUUUUCUGAAGAUCGGCCCACAAUGGCUUCAUGUUUAAAUGUUUGAUAUUUUUGCAUUUGUUAAUAAAACUUUUUUAUACAGAUCUUCUUAAA